GGAAGCACCUCUGGAAUCCGACAGCACAUAAAACAACCCUAAGAGUCUAUCUAGGAUACAACAUUUAUAACCUAAGAAAACCAGCAAAGAAGUCAUCAGUAAUUUCUCCUUAUCAGUUUUCAUCCAUGAAAGAGUACUGAGAUACACAAGAAACACAGUAGUGAUAAACAAGAAGAACACCAUCAACAAAUUAAAUGGCAGAAUAUGGGAGUGGUGGAAUAUCAAUGUCACUAAAUCAUCAAGCUAGAGAGUGUCAUAGUUCUGAAGAAGAUCAAAAUCAAGAUCAUCAAUCCCAUCAUCAUCAUAGCCCUAGAAAUAGUAGAGCUCUCGUCCUUGCUCCUUGCUCUGGUGGUGUUGGAAGUAAUACUGGUGUAACAAAAUCAAUUUGCAUGAGCAGAAACCGUGAUGGCAGUGGUGGUGAUGAUGGAGAUAUGCGUAUGAUGCAAAUGAUAACUUCACCAGAAUCAAAUGAUAGUCCUCAAAUGCUUAGUAGAAAACCAAGGGGAAGGCCACCAGGAUCAAAAAACAAACCAAAACCACCUAUUAUAAUCACAAGAGAAGUAAGUCGUGAUGAUUCAAAAGCCAUGCACCCAAUAAUCCUUGAAAUCUCCGCUGGUUCAGAUAUUAUUGAAACAGUUUCUAAGUUUUCUGUUAAACACCAUGUUUGUCUUUCUAUACUAAGUGGUUCUGGUUCUGUUGCUAAUGUGAUUCUUCGUCAUUCUACUUCUACUCAUCAUAAUGCUACUGUUUCUAUACCUGGUUGUUUUGAGAUUCUCUCCUUGUCCGGUAGUUUUAUCUAUCCUCCGGCAUCAACUAAGCCUUCGUCAUCACCGCCUUUUAGUAUUUCUCUUGCAGGAGGACAAGGUCAAGUUAUAGGAGGUACUAUUGCUGGUCCACUUAUUGCUGCCUCUUCUGUCUUUUUAAUGGCUGCUUCUUUUGUGAACCCAGCUUUUUUUAGGCUUCCAUCAUGUCAGAAUAAUGAAGAUCAUGAUCAUCAAGAUGAGGAGGAGAUCAAUGUUAAACCUAAGAUUGAUCCUAAUACUGGUGCAGUUUUGAGUGGUAAUGGUGGUGAUGAAACUAUUUACAGUGGUUCAACAACUCAUCAUCUUCCUAGUAUGAGUCAGUUAUUAAAUAGUCAAAUUCCUUCUGAUGUGUUACCUCCUUGGGCACCACCUUCUUCUCGUCCUUGUUGAAGAUCAUGGUUCAUGAUAACUUAAACAACUAAUUAGUGAUGAAAUACCCUUUUUAGAUUCCUCUCUAAUUAUUUAGAUUACAUAUUUUGAAUUUUGAUCAUCAUGAUCCAUAUCUAUUUAGUUGAGUCACUGCUGUUUUGAAAGCUUUUCCAAGGUUCAUGUGCGGUUUUUCAAGUCGUUAUCAUCUUGAUCGGAGAGAAAUGAUGUUGCUAGUGGUGUUGCUAGUGGUGGUGAUGGUGGUGGAUGGAGCUUGUAGUGGUGGGGCUGUAGGUUUCGCAACGGCUUUAUUUUGAUGAUCAACAACCGAAAAAAUACAUCGAGUGACAGAAGUGUUUUGCCAUCUUCAGAAAUUCCUUGUCAGUCAAGCUUCUUGGGAAGAGCCUAUUCUCCAUUCCCAAAGCAAAAGCGUUAGAUGGAAACUUAAAAGCCUGGAGCAUUGAACAAGGGUUUUGAAGACCAACGACUUCUGUUGACUGUUUUUUUUUGGUAUAACUGAAC